AUGAAGUUCACCGCUGCUGUCGCUCUCGCCGCCGUUGGCGUUUCCGCCGUCUACGUUCCUCCUAGCAACGUCACCGUCGUUACCGAGGUCGUCGACACCUACACCACCUUCUGCCCCUUCGCUACCCAGAUCACCCACGGCAGCAAGACCUACACCGUCACUGAGCCCACCACUCUGACCAUCACUGACUGCCCUUGCACCAUCACCCGCCCGGUCACCACCGUCAGCAGCGUUCUCUGCAACACCUGCGGUGCUGCUGCUCCUACUGGUGCCGUUCCCACUGGCGGCAACGGUGGCUCUGUCCCCCCUGCCUUCACCAACAGCACCAUCAGCUCCCCCACCCAGGCUCCUCCUGCUGGCGGCAACGCUGCUCCCACUGGUCCUGCUGGCACCGGUGCCGGUGUUCCCACCGCUCCUCCCGCCAUCCCCACCGGCGCUGCCUCCAAGGCCGUCCUCUCCGGAGCCGGCCUGGCCGGUAUCGUCGGUCUGGCCGCUUUCGUCCUGUAA